AAGAGGAAGUUGCGGAACAACAGCACUACGUGUCAUCUACAUUCCCACUACCACCUAGAAAUGAAGAGGAUAAUGAACAAUCCAAAUGGAUCGAAAGCUCUCCAAACAAUCGUAUCAAAAAUAAACCUCGUAAAAGACCUCGUAAGGAAGACACCUCCAGCAAGAACGAGAAAAAAGCUAAAAGGGAAUAUACUACGGUAAAAAAGCCCAUCGAAGAGUUAUCCAACGCCAAAGAGCUCCAGCAUGAUUCACAUGUUCCGACACCAGUAUCGCAGAUAGAUAUGACAAAAGCCUGA